GGAAGAGGGAGGUUUCUACUCCAGUGAACAGCGCAGAGCGAGUGAGGAGAAGCGCUGUCCUGCCUGCCGGAGAAUAGCUUCAUUUAACACACAAUAAAAGAGCGAAGGACUCCGGGGAGAGUGAAAUGUCAGCGCGAAUAUCUUGAAGAAACCACUGGUUUACUUCUUCAUCUGUUUGAUUUCUAUUCAAGAGUUUAUCCCAGAACCUGAAGUGAAGAGGUAAAGGUUUGGAGAAGCAACAAAUCAAGGUUUUGAGGAGGAAUCAUUGGAAUCUGUUCCAAGCUUAUUUUCCAGUUUUCUGUUUUGGAUAAAAAUGCCAGAGAAAAAGAUCGGAGGUCCAGGGAUGAGUAUCUUCAGCCGGUGUCGGGUGGCCGCUGCGGUAGCUCUGAUCUUGAUCAUACUGGGAGGGCUGGGAGCCGCCAUCUGGGCCCUUGUCACGUAUCUUAGAACAACAGAAGAUACUGGAUUAUUUGAUGUGCAGGUGAGCGCAGCAGACCAGAGGCUGCGAGUGUUCGAUUCCACCCAGUGGAGGUGGAAACACGUCUGCUCAUCCAGCGCCAACCAGCUCAUCGCCAACAUCAGCUGUGAGGAGAUGGGCUUCGUCAGAGCAGUGAAUUUCUCAGUGACGUGUGCUCUUGACAAUAGUGGUGACAAAGAUUUUUUCUGCGUGAAAGAGAGUGAGUUAACAUAUGGGAAGAAGAUAAAAACAGCCCUCUAUCCUUGUAAAUGUGACAAAGGUCAGAUAAUUGAGGUGAUUUGUCAGGACUGUGGUCGUCGUAUGCUGCCUGAAGAGCGGAUCGUGGGGGGAGUGGAUGCUCGUCAGGGAUCGUGGCCGUGGCAGGUCAGCUUACAGUAUGAUGGAGUUCAUCAGUGUGGUGGAUCCAUCAUUUCAGAUCGCUGGAUCAUCAGUGCUGCACAUUGCUUUCCUGAGAGGUAUCGUCAUGUUUCACGCUGGCGGGUUCUGAUGGGAACCAUCUACAACACUCCCAUCAGUAAGAACGUUGUGAUCGCUGAGGUGAAGACGGUCGUCUACCACAGCAGCUACCUGCCGUUCGUCGACGCCAACAUUGAUGACAACAGUCGUGACAUAGCAGUCCUGGCACUGACAAAACCUCUCCAGUUCACUGAUUAUAUCCAGCCAGUGUGUCUUCCUACCUAUGGCCAGCGUUUGGCAGAUGGGCAGAUGGGAACAGUAACCGGCUGGGGUAACAUGGAGUAUUAUGGCACUCAAGCCAACGUCCUCCAGGAAGCCCACGUGCCCAUCAUCAGUGAUGCUGUGUGCAAUGGCCCGGAUUAUUAUGACAACCAAGUCACAACCACCAUGUUCUGUGCCGGUUAUGAGAAAGGAGGAACCGACUCCUGCCAGGGGGACAGCGGUGGUCCUUUUGUAGCAUCAGAUGUCCUGUCUAAGACCAGCCGCUAUCGUUUGCUGGGGGUAGUGAGCUGGGGUACAGGCUGUGCCAUGGCCAAAAAGCCCGGCGUCUACACCCGUGUGUCACGCUUUCUGCCGUGGAUAUCCACAGCCAUGAGGAUGUAUGAAAACUCCCCAGGGGUGCACAAAAUGGCACGGGCGGUUACACCAUAGCCAUUCAGAGUGGAAAAAUGCUUAAUAUAAGACUGAAAUGUUGCCUGUUGAGGUCAGAUGUGUUGCUCGGAACAGUCUGAGAUCAGACGUCUGGUGUUGAUCAGAUGUUCUGUGAUGAUCAACCUGUCCCAAGGACAAUAUCUGACUCACGGAGGCCAAGAACAAUUUCUGAUGCUGUACUUUGGGGUUUAAUAUGUUUAUGAACAUAGCAUGUUUUAUUAACAUGAACAUAAAACAUUCUAUUUUUCUCUGAAAAUCUGUCACCAAAAUACAGUACAAUACGAUAUAUAAGUUAAUCAAAUUAGCAAUUUUGGUUGAACCCAAAACCACUCAUAAUAUGUGUGUGUGUGUGUGCGUGUGUGUGUGUGUGUGUGUGUGUGUGUGUGUGUCUAUAUAUAUAUAUAUAUAUAUAUAUAUAUAUAUAUAUAUAUAUAUAUAUAUAUAUAUAUAUAUAUAAUAUAUAUAUAUAUAUAUAUAUACACAUAUACAUAUAUAUAAUCUUUUUUUCAAACACAAAAACAGUAACUUUAGUCUAUAGUGUAUUUUAUUCUACUUUAUUGCAGGUUUGAACAGAAUGUAUGGUAGCAAAACAAAUUAAAUCCAUGUUCAUGUUCAGCUCUAGUUCAUUUACUUGUAAAAAAAAAAAAAAAAAAAAAAAAAAAAAAUUUCUAUUAAUUUAAAUAAUAUAAUGUUAUACAAACAGACACAACAUGGACUCCAGACAGCAAUACACACACACACAAAUACAAUUUUAUCACAAUCCUAAAUCUGACAAGGACUCUCAACUUUAUAUCAGUCUACAGUAUUUAUAUCAAAUUUGUUUACUAGUGGCACAGGUCCUGUCAAAAUCUGUAGUGCAUGCACUUGUAAGAAGCAUUUUGCCGAAUAAUACAGGCCUCUGUGAAAUGUGCCAUGAUUAAAUGUGUACCAGAAUGGUGACAUUUGAAAAUGUUUCAUGAAAACUACACAUUUGAUGUAUUUUACAUGUAUUAUAUUUUAUUUUCUCUUCUUUUUUUCUUAAAGAUGGGUUAAGCAUUGAAGUGACAAGCACUAAAUGUAAAGAUACAAACCAAAGACUGGUUUAGAAAGCAGCAUGAAUAAACUCAUCACUGUGGCAGUCAGUAUUGUUGCUUAUAUUGUUGUACAUAUGAAUAGCUUCCUUACUAUGCGAUGCACUGUUUAAUUCAAUUGUAUGUCUAAUUAUAUUUUAAGCUGCUAUAUUGUUAUCCAGAUUUUGUACCAUAACCUUCUGAGUAACAUUUUGUAGUUAUUUGGUAGCUCUUUAGGCCUGUUGAAUAUGACAACAAUAAAACUCAAACAGCAUUUAGCUUUUAUUCUAUAAAUAUAAAUAUUUUUGUUAACAUGUUCAUGAAACUAACUAUAUGUACAAUACAGAAAUUCUGACCUUUGACAGAAUAAUCUCACUACUUUUACUUUUCAAUUCUUUUCAACCAUAUAUAAAUAUUGCACCCAUAAUAUGACUUUUAAUGCUGAAAUAAAGACUUAAUUUUUUAUUUAAAA